AUGUCACAGUAUCGUGUAUCGCAGGCCACGAUCGGAGGUCCCAACCGACCUUCAAUUGUUGAGAGGAUCCCGACUGUUCGAAGAGGCCGCUUUAUAGAUCAUUCUAACUCGGGGUCUGAGACUCCAGACAUGAGUCUGCUCCUAACUACAUCAAAAUUCUCGAGGUCCGUACGAUGGAGUCUAGUUGUCAAGAGAUUGCCAAGCGACCGCGACAACCACCGAAAACCAUGCUAUUCUCCUCACCUUGGCCCUACAUCUCGGAAUACGUCGCUCUUGCGGAUCAACCAAUCUCUAAAAUCUCUGGGGGUUCGGACUUAUGGGCCAUCCUCUAGCCUCAAGGUUCAACAACUUCCUUGUGGCAUGUACCUAAAGACGAUGCAUCGCGAUGACUACCAAACACUAGUAAACGAGUUUGGAGCUUUGAAGCUUGUGCGGAGCCAGAACAAAGUCCCAGUUCCUCGUCCGUUGGACCUGGUAUCUGACUCUGACGCAUCUGAUCUGCUGACAACCACAACGCCGGGACAACGCUUGGGCUCCUAUAUCGACACCCUCGGCGAUGAUGAUCUUGACAUUUUCAGGCACGAUAUGCAGAAAUACAUGGCACAGCUACGCUCGGUCUCCCGGCAAGGAGAGCAGAAGCAUGCUAUUAGCAAUGCCGUUGGUGGGCCCUGUUAUGACUAUCGAACCGUGGCCUGUCAAGACUACGACGAGGAGCGGGGUGACUUCUUCGGGCCAUUCACUGACGAAGAAGAGUUCAAUGAUACACUGCGAACACCCGCACUGCCAGAUGCAUUUCACUCCACGGGUCAUGGCAUAGUGUUCACGCAUUCAGACAUCAAUAUGCGCAACGUUUUGAUACACAAUGGUCGGAUUUCGGGUAUCGUGGACUGGGAGAACUCUGGAUGGUUUCCCGAUUAUUGGGAAUAUACGAAAGCGCAUUAUGUUACUAAGCUCAACAUGAGGUGGUUGGCAGUCGUUGAUCGGAUCUUUGAGAGCUUGGGUAAUUUUAAGCUUGAGUUGGCAAUUGAACGUCGCUUAUGGGACUAUUGCUUUUAA